AUGGCGUCCUCCAGUUCCGGCAAGAAGAUCCACCUUGAUACUACUGACGAUGAACUCACCGAACAAGAAGAAGAGGAAGAACUCGAACACUUUGAUGAUUUCACUCUCGCUUCUUCGUGGGAACGGUUUAUUUCUGAAAUAGAGGCAGUUUUACGGGUUUGGAUGUCUAAUGGACCGAAUAAUUUAUUGGAAAAAGGUGCAGUGCUUUUGGAGGAUUCCGGUAAUUUUUAUAAGGUGAAAUCUGAAAUGAAGUAUGCCAUGAAAAGUUACUGCAUGGAGUUCUAUUUCAAGACUGACCCAGAUGUUGAUACAGGAAAACAUGCUGACUGGAACUUUGAUUUGCACGAUCUGCAGUUAUGUUUUGGCGUAAAGGAAUUUUUGGUAAUUGCCCCUCAGAGUGCAAGUGGUGUGGUUCUUGAUGCUCCGGAGGCUAGCAAGCUCUUGAGUGCUGUUGCAAUUGCUUUGUCUAAUUGUUCUAGUUUAUGGCCAGCAUUCGUUCCAGUUCAUGAUCCAUCUCGGAAAGCUUAUAUUGGAAUUCAGAGCAUGGGUACUGUAUUUACUAGAAGGUUCGAAGCAGAUCGAAUUGGUAGCCAGGUUCCAAUAAAGCUCAUGCAUUUGGAGGGUUUAUGUAUUUGGUGCCCUGGUACAAGUGGUUUACCUUUUAGUCUAAUAUCUUCCCCUGAGGGGAUGGAUAUUCUAACAUUCAGAACACUUCCCUAUGAUGAUGACAAUAUGAAAGUUGCUGAAAUUAGCAAAUCUGGAGAAAAUCCUACUGGUGAAAUGUCCAACGGGAUGCAGUGGGAUGAUGAUUGUUCUUGGAGUGAGUGGUAUUCUGCAGAAGACCUUGUUAAAGGUUUUGAACUGAUUGCAAUAUGGUCAGACAAGAUGAUUGAAAAUUCUAUGGAAAUGGCUGAACUGGAAAAUGUUUCUCCUCAUGAAGCUGAGAAGUGGUUGAUCUCUCUAAGUGAGAAUACGAUUGGAUUCGCAUCCGAGUUGCGUCUUCUGGUUGAUGCUUUGCAAAUGUCAUUUGAGGCACAAUUUAUGGAAGAUUUUGUUUCAGUUGAAAAUCCAGGUUCUGAUAACAUAAAAUCUGCAAUGGUUAUACCUUCACCAACAGUUAGAGACCGUGUGCUGAAAGAAUUGUUUAUUGAGGGUGUACAAUUCUCAAACUUUGCUGAUAAUGGACAUAAGAAUUCUCGAGCUAUAAAAGGCGCACCUCUUGGAUCCCUCUUUGCACAAUUUUGUUUACAUUCUCUUUGGUUUGGCAACUGCAAUAUACGUGCUAUUGCUGUGCUAUGGAUAGAGUUUGUUCGGGAGGUUAGGUGGUGUUGGGAAGAGUCGCAACUAUUGCCGAGGAUGCCAGCUAACGGAUCAAUUGACCUGUCCACUUGUUUGAUCAACCAGAAACUUCAGAUGCUUGCAAUAUGCAUUGAGAGGAAGUGUCAGCUGAAUGAAGACUAUCAAGACUGUAUUGGAAGCUUGGAUCAAAUGGAUUCCAUGAGUGAGGACGAAAGUGUAGUUGGGGAUGAAUCCUUAAGUAUACAGACAUCCAGUGAUGACUUUUCUGGGAAAGUUGACAGAAAGCCUGAAGACAUGAACCUGUCAAAUGAUAAAGAAACUUCAGACUUGACCUGGAGAGGUUCUGCUGGUAUUGUUGAUUCUAUGAUGCUUCUCAAGUCACAUCAAUGUAUGCAUGCCCCAUAUACACAGGAAGCACCACUUAUGACAGAAGACAUGCAUGAGGAGAGGCUUAAGGCUGUUGAAGCCUUUGGUGAUUCAUUUAAUUUCUCUGCUCAGCUGGAAAGGGAUAUCUUAACAUCAGCAUUUAAGGCAGCAAAUCCAGAUGCUAUCUUCGAAGAUUUUAUUCGGUGGCAUUCACCUGGGGAUUGGGAAGAGUAUGAUGACCCUGAGGCAUCAUCAUUCGGUGCUCUUGACAUUAAAAAGACAAAAGAUAGUUGGCCUCCACAAGGGAAGCUUUCUAAGAGAAUGUCUGAGCAUGGAAAUUUAUGGAGAAAGCUUUGGAAUAGUGCACCUGCUCUUCCUGCUUCUGAACAAAAGCCUCUUCUUGAUCCAAAUAGGGAAGGAGAAAAAGUGCUUCAUUAUCUUGAAACUCUACAACCACAUGAAUUGCUUGAGCAAAUGGUGUGUACUGCCUUCAGAGCAGCUGCCGACACACUGAGUCAGACUAGUUAUGGAGAACUGGAACAGAUGGGGACUGAGAUGCAGCAACUUUAUCUUACAAUGGCAUCUGCUUUGAGACCUUUGCAAGUUAAUCGCUUGUCUGGAGACAGUGAGACAAUUGAAGACUUAAGACGACUAACUGGUACUUUUGAACGAGUUGAGAAGUUAUUGACUCUUGCAGCUUCCCUUCAUCGCAAGCUUAUAAAAGCACCACGCCUCUCCAGAGAAAUUUUCAGCGAUUACUACAAAUUUUAUAUUCAAACAACGGCAAAGGGUUUCACGGAGGACAUAAUUGAAAAGGAGUUUGACAAGAAACAAGAAGUAAGGGACCUUGAGAGGGAAGUGCUGUCAGAUAUGUUUGUUCCUCCUACCGCUAACCAAUCUUGGAGAAAAGUUUUGAGCAUGGGAAAUCUUCUCAAUGGACAUGAACCAAUCAUCAGGGAGAUUAUUUUUUCGCUGCGUGAUAAAGUUACUGGUAAUCACUAUGCAGCUCGUAGUGGUAGUGUUUCUCAGCAAGAAAUUCAAACUUACAGAAUGUAUAUAUGUGGGACGUCUAAUGACCUACGCGUAGCACUUUCUGUUGUCUCGUGUGAUUAA